CCAAGGGUUUGCCCAAUGCCCCGUGGUUCGCGCAUCGCAUCGGCUCCUGCUCCUGGCCCUGCCCGAACCCAGGCUCCUACCGGUAUGUAGUCCGGCCGUUCGUGGCCUGCUCUCAUGUACUAUAUUGUACAGCCUUCCGAACGUGAGAAGUCAGAUCCCAUCCAUCAUGCUUCCUGAAUCCUCCGUUUCACGCCCCGGCCCGAGCAGAUCUUCUUCAGCCUUGAGCCCUGUUGUGUUGACUCGGGGCCCAGGUCAAACCCGGUGGUUUUCGAGCGAGCGAGAGCGAGGGAAAGUCGAGCAGGCCGGGACUACAUGGUACGUACCAUGCCCCGACGAACGAUUGCCUUUUGCACACACACACACGAGAGCGUCGAUUGGGAUUGGUGUCCUCCUCCUGCUGCUGCUACAGCCUUCCGUACGGUACGGUACGGGUACUCUCGUUAAGGAUCUUGUUUCGUCCGCCAAACAGCCGCCUUCAUUCAUGAGUGACGAGUCUUGUGUGGAGCCCUGUGCUUUCCGUCGGCGCCGGUUCGAGGCAGUGAUCGGUCGAGUGGUUUCAAUGGUCGGCUUCAUAUUGUCAGGUAUUCGAUUAGGUAGUCGCUUCCUACUAUGUACAGCCGUCCUACAUACUCAAAUAGAUAUGACCAUUCAUUCCUCAGUGUCCAGAUGCGGCACCCUCGAGUCCAGUCGUUUCUCCCGGCGUGAGUUGAGUUGAGUUCUCGGUGGUGACUAGUCGAGUUGAGUCGAGUGAUAUCGGUGGUCAGUCCCGGGUCUCCUGCCACUUUGUAAUUGGAAUCCGGUUUUGUAGACGGCUCUUUUGCCAACACCCCUCCAGCUCCGGGCCGGAGGCGAGAUCGAGAGGAGAGCAUACACACACACACAGAAGAAAGAGGAGAUAUGGAGGUUGAUCGUCUAGGUAUUCCGUAGAUGAUGAUCCAGAAAG